CAGCUGCAUCCUGUGAUAUUACAUCACAUCUUCCUGCCGCGCAGUUGAAGGAAACUAUUUACCUUGAAAGAUAGCUUACCAUGUAUCAACAAGUAAGAGCAAAUGUUCGCCAACAUACAUAUUCUGAAUGUAGCAACGAUGGAAAUUACAGUGAUGAUGAUUCUACAUCUGAAGAUAAACAGUCAUUGCUGCAUUUCCUGAAGAAAAAUAGUACAAAAUAUGCAGAUGAGAUAGUCAGCACUUUUAACAAUAGAGGAAACAAUGCUAAUCAAUUUCGUCCAGGAGAAAUAAACUUCAAUACUCUUAUUGAUGAAGGUUCUAGCUGCAUCGAAGAUGUUAUUGAGCAUACUGAAACUCAAUCUGAAUCAUCUCUAAAUGUUUCUGAUGUAGGAACUGUUCUUCAGUCGGAAGAAAUAUAUGUUGACAUUGCUACGGAAGACAGAAAUAACAAUAACCAUAACGAUUUCACAACAAAAGUAGACUGUUUUAACUGUGCAAACGUGUCAAGAUUAACCGAUGGAAAUUUACUGGUAAAGGGCAGUCAUGUUAAAUUUGGCAGGUAUGCCUACAGCACUAAGACGAACGAUUUCUUAAAGAGACGUUUAAAAGACAAAUUUGGCUUUCCAUACUUUCAUCAUGCAAUUGUAACCGAAAUUUUUUCCAGUGAAUCACAUAGGAUAAGCAUCUGUGUAGUUAACUUUACAACUAAGACAGAUGAUGGCACAGUGAAAAUUGAAGUAAUUGAAGAAUGUAUGGACAUUAAUCUUGACGAUGAAUAUUUGUUCUUUAUUGAGUACAAAUAUUUACCGUUUACUCCUGACGAGAUAAUAGCACGUGCGAGAAGUUUAAGAGGAAGCAGAUCGUAUAACCUGUUUACCAAUAAUUGUGAGCAUGUCGCGAUAUGGUGUGUCACAAACAUGAAAGCAAGUUUUCAGUCUGAUAACUCAGGUGAUCUUAUCCAAAGCUGGUUUACCUGGUUUUCUGCAAUGCUGGCUAAGAUUCCUCAUUUAACUUCAGUUUCAAAAGAUAUAGCCUCUGCCACUAAUGUGCAAUUCGUGCGGGUAGCUGCAGGUACUCUGGGAGCAAGCGUUUGUUGUCCAAUAAUAUGUGCCAUUGUCGAAUGUAUUCUGUUGAUACGAAGAUUGAAACAACUGAAUGAUCAAUUAAAAAGGCGCCUGAUCUGUUUACCUUGCUUCAGUAAAAAAAGAAUAAAGAUUCUAGCUAAGUUAGUUGUAGGAUUUACAGUGUCUAUUGUUUUAAUUAUGCCAACAUUAAAAUACACUAUUCCUGUUAUUGGAAUUGGUAUUAUCGCUCUUGUUGUGAUACCGUGGGCUUGUGAAAAACUUAUUACAAAGAUAAAAGCUAAGAUUAACCCAACUUCUGUUAUUCCAAAAAUGAUUGUGCAUUCAAUGAGUGACAUACAGCCUGGUGAUAUCUUGACUGUAUAUAAAGGCAUAACUUGUCAUGAUGUUGUAGUUGAAAAAGUACAACUACUAAAUAGACAAGAAAGAUUGAAUAUAGAAAGCAUCGGUAUCGUCCAUUAUGCAUUCUGUGGUAUGUUUGGUACGCGAACAGUUCGAAGUGAAACAGUCAAUAUCAACCUCAAUACAGAGCAAUUAUUCGUCUAUGAUUUCCCUGAUGAAAAGACAUUUUCUUCUGAUACCGUAGUUGUAAGAGCGAUGAAAAAGAUUGGAGAGCAGAAAUUUAAUAUGUUUAAUCGCAGAUCAAGUCAUUUGGCAUGGGAUUGUAAGGUUUUACCGAACGUCAAUGCCUCCCAAACUAGGCGCCUCGUGAAGACGGUGAAAGAAGUUCACAGAGGAGAUAUUAUAGAAUUUAGAUAUUGUUCUCUUCCACACGUCGAAAUAGCUGUAGAACCAAAAGCCUAUAUUCCAGCUGAUAUUAUUGAACUAUCAUAUAUACACGUUGCUGUAAGUGGAGAGAUCAAGAGGACGAUAGAAAGAUUUGAUCUUGAAAAAAGUUGCAUCUUCGUUCAAAUAUAUAAACAGAGUGAAAUAGAAGACAACAACAAGGUUGUCAAAAAUGCUCUGCGGGUAAUUGGACGACGGCUUGCCACGAAAUGCAAUAGACUUUUUUACAAAUCUUCUCAUUUUGUUUUAGCUUGCAAGUUAAAAUCUAAGGAUGAAGACACUGCUGAUUUAAAAGUAUUAUAG